UUCAUGAAUUCAGAAACAAGGAUGUUGCUGCUGCAGAAGCAGCUUGGCUAACCAAGCCACACGUACGUCCAACAGUCAACAGUUGAGUCACACAGCCUCAUCAGAGCUGGUGAACACUGUUUGCUCCUGCAUCUGCUGCUGCAUGAGAUGCAGGAAUGCUGUGAAAACAUGUCUGGCUCUUGUUGCCAGGGCUUUAUGAGCCAGCAAAGCAUUUAGGUGAAAUUCGUCAUUCCCUUCUUGUGUAAUGUAGAUUUGCCACAAUGAUAGUUACAUGGAUGCUACUGAUUGCCAUGCUGGUGGCGCUGGUAAACGGAGCUUGGAAUGGUGACAACUUGAAUCGCUGUGCAGAUGUCCAGUCGUCAAGCCCUGUGGUACCCCUAGGGUCACCAGUCAAUGCCACCUGUGUCGUCGACAAGGGUUGCCCUCUUUUCUUGGGACAGGCUGUUCAACUUGAAUGGCUUCUUGACAGUGAAGUUAUUCCUGGCAGUACUGAGUUCAACAAGAAUGAGACGAAGUCCACAGUUGCCAUUUCAAGCUUUAAUCACACGAAGGCCGUUCUCACGUGCUACAUCAAAAACUUUGACCAGAUUGUGGGAGGAGUGCAGAUCCAUGCUGGAUAUCCACCAGAAGUGCCACAAAAUCUUAGUUGUCAGGCAAACCUUACCAGACCCAUCUCUCUGACCUGCAGCUGGGAUCCUGGGGAGCUGCAGACGUAUCUUCACACAUCUUACUCUCUCCAUAGUAAAACAAGGGAAUCAAACUACACUUAUGAAGCUCCUGCAGGAGUGCACCGCUAUACAAUCCCCCGCUCUGACCUGAGUCUCUUCUCUGACAUGAACAUAUACGUGAAGGCUGUGAAUGAACUUGGUCAGGCAAUUUCAACUGCCAUCACUUUGGAACCAGUCAGUUCAGCCAAGCUUGACCCACCAAAAAUCGAGUGGAUCACGGUAUGUAAAAAACCUGGCUGUCUGCAGCUGAAGUGGAUUCUGAUUCAAAACAGUUGGAUACACAUCCGAAGUCUAAAUCUGGAAGUCUUAGUUAAGGCAGCAGACAGCAGCAAUUUGCCCAUCAAACAGAUUGACUGCAAUAAGACCAAAAAUUGUGAUGUGGUGACCCUUCGCUCCCUCCUUCAUGGGACUCAGUACUGGGUCCAAAUCAGAGUCAGGGUCAAGAAAGGUCCCUGGAGUGAGUGGAGCAGCAGCCAAACUGGAGUCACUUUGGAGUCAGCCCCCACUGGACGCUUUGAUACAUUGGCAAACGUAUCCUGGUAUCGCAAACCCACUCAACUAAACAUAAGUUUGUUCUGGAAGCCAUCAAAACAAUUUAAUGCAAAUGGACAAAAUAUCUCAUACAUUAUCUCAAGGUCUCAUAAACCACAACUGGGAAUUCUGUGCUCAACAAGUUGGAAGUACUGCACUUUCCCGCUCUCUUCGAGAGUGAAGAAAGUCUAUCUGACUGCUGUUAAUAGAGCUGGAAAAUCCCCUCCGACAGUAAUUCACAUUUACCCACCUCAAGAUCAAACUACAAUACAAGAUGUCACAGCUGUUCCUUUAGAUAACCAGUCAUUUCUGGUCCACUGGACACAUUUGGUCUCGACAGAUCUCACUGGUUUUGUGGUGGAAUGGAGACCGAUGUUAAAGGAAAAUCUCUCCCAUGUCCAUUUUGAAAAAGUGGACAAAAACCAAACUAAACUUAUUUUAGCAGGCAACUUUGAGCCCUACAAGCCCUAUCGCAUCUCUGUAUAUCCACGUUAUAAGCAUGGGAUCGGUCUUUCACACUCUGUUAUGGCCUACUUGAGGCAAAAGGCUCCAUCCACAGUUCCGGAAAUAAAAAUUAAAAACACUUGGAUGUCCUCCGUUGAGCUUACUUGGGAAAAAAUCCCUUUAGAUCAACAGAAUGGAUUUAUCCAGCACUACACAAUCUUCUACUGGGGGGAGAAAGAAGCUCUUAAGGUUCAGACUGCAGACUCGAAAACAACAGAAAUUAUCCUGAAAAACCUUAAGCCUGAAUCUCUGUAUACAGCUUUCAUGAUGCUUGGCACAUUUGGAGGCAGCCUCAACGGCUCCACAAUUACUUUCAAAACGGACCACUUUGAUAUGAUGAUAACCGGAUCUGGAGUAGGAGUUUUAUUGAUCAUCAUCAUCGCUUUCUUAGCAUUUUUCUCCAUACAAAAAAGCAGAAUAAAGGUUCGACUUUGGCCAGAUGUUCCAGAUCCAGCUAACAGCAGCAUUAAGAGAUGGCCGCCAGAAUCAACCCAGUACACUCGUGGCUCGUGGAACAAUGACGAGCCAAAUCCGAAAUACUUAUCUCAUCUAAGCUUUCUGGAUCUCACCACUAAGCUGAGCAAAGAGGAGGAUGAUCUUUGGUUCAACAGUACGGAGGACACCAGUGAUUUAGGAGAGUCCCUUUGUGGUUCCCCGCUUAUCCCUGAAUACACAGCUUCAAACAGCAGCUCUGUUCCCUAUGCUACUGUGAUAUUCAGCGCUCCCUGCAACAGUCCAGCUCCAGAAGAACCCCCUGCAUAUCUGCGCUCUGAGUCUACGCAGCCCCUCCUCGAAAGAGAAGAAUCUUUUAGUCCACAGUGCUAUCAGAAUGUGGUAUCUGGGGUCAAAUCUGAGCAGUGUUUCUUUGGACAAUUCCAGGAUUACAUACCUGAAACUGUAGACGAUCCUGCCAUUGCCUGGGAUGACUUUCCAUUUCUUAGCGCAUUAUCCAUGUAUGAUAAUGAGAGUGACUGAAGCUCUUUUGCUCAUGCUUGAAAAAUGAUGAUUUUACAAAAGUAAUUGGAUAACCACAAUGUCACAUUUGUAUACGAUAAGGGAAUUCUGUUGAAGUUACAAUCAUUUGAUAUUAAGGAAUUUUAAGGAUUGUUCAAAAUGUAUCUUUAAUUGAAAGAAGUUGAUUCAAAUGGGAUUAAUUUUGACUGCUGUUUUCUUUAAAAUAAAAGAGGUGCCAUUUCAAUCUGACACACCA